AAGAACCUCUCUGCUGAUAAGCAGCUUCCUGAGCAUUCAGGAAAAUGCAGCAGUGUACAUUAUAGGCAGGGAUUACCACAGAGCGAGACAGAGAGAAAGAGAAAGGAAAGAAACACCAAGCUUCUGCUGAAUAUUUUAGUUUUUACUUUUAGAAACAAACUUCAUGAACUCAGUCUGAGCAACAGUCAGCUACUGCCAUGCUGGUGUAAUACUGGCCUGCAUACAUUUUUAAAAGUAUUCCUUUUGUUGAUUAAUUGCCAUUUAAGGGUGCUUUUGCUUCCAAACCGGCCAGGACAUCAUGGAGCCAGCAGGUAGUCUCAGCCCAGACCUGCCUCCUUCUGAGGUAUGUUCAGUGCACAGCAUGGUACAGCCUGGGCUAGCUUCUAUUCCGAUACAUACUGUGAGCUGUCAAGGUCAACCCGCAAAAGAGAACAUGGACCCCUCAUCGACUUUCUCUGCAUCAUUCAAAUCAGUUAAACAAAGCCGCCUUCAGGAACGGAGAGGCUCAAAUGUAUCCCUCACAUUGGAUGUGAGUGCUUUGGGAAAUAUCGAACCCAUCAAAUCUACUCCUCAAGAAAUAACUCUCCUGUACCUCAAAACCAGCAGUUGCCUGUUAAAUAAGGAGCAACUAAAGGAAGCCACAAGUAACAUACAAGCCCUGGAAGCUGAAUUUUCGAAAAUUCCACCCAAUUUUGUUGAAUCUGAUAAAUUGAAUGUUCCAGGGCAUGCUUCUAAAGACAGAUAUAAAACUAUUUUACCAAACCCAGAGUCGCGAGUCUGCCUCACAUCAGGGAAGCAUGUUAACCACCUGAGCUCCUAUAUUAAUGCAAACUACAUUAGGGGAUAUGAAGGAAAGGAGAAAGCAUACAUUGCUACCCAGGGUCCCAUGGUAAAUACAGUAAAUGACUUCUGGGAGAUGGUUUGGCAAGAGAAUUGUCCAAUAAUUGUGAUGAUUACAAAGCUAAAAGAGAAGAAUGAGAAAUGUGUUGUCUAUUGGCCAGAAAAUCGGGACACCUUUGGCAGAUUUGAAAUUGUUGUAAACAAUCUUAAGGAAUGCGAUGGAUACACUAUUCUGGAUCUAAGUAUUAAGGAUGCAAAACGGUCUCAAAGUGUAAAGCAGUACUGGUACUCAUCCUGGCCAGAUCACAAGACCCCAGAAACUGCACAAUCACUCUUGGACCUCAUACAUGAGGUCGAAGAAAGCAGACAGGCUGCAGGGAACAGGGGACCCAUUGUAGUUCAUUGCAGUGCAGGGAUUGGGAGGACAGGCUGUUUCAUUGCUACAAGCAUUGGCUGCCAACAGAUAAAAGAGACCGGCGAAGUGGACAUUCUUGGAAUUGUAUGUCAGAUGCGGACAGACAGGGGUGGAAUGAUCCAGACAAGUGAGCAAUAUCAAUUCUUGCAUCAAACAUUAUGUCUUUAUCAAAGCAAUUACUCCAAGAUGCCUGAUUCGUCUUCAGCUUCAAAGUGAAGAGUACCUCUCUGUAUUUAAUAAAGCAAUGAUGAAUGUUUCAAAUAAAAUUUCUCCAGGGAACAAAGGAGUAUAAUAUCAUGAAUGGGACAACAGAAAAAUUGCUUCCACAAUUGCAUUAUCUAAUGUUUACUGUAGAUUUCCAUUUACCUGUAAUGUAAGGUAUUAACUUUGGACCUUGAAUGUGUAUCAAUGCACAUUUGAUGGCUCAGUGGCAAAUUCAGCAGCUUUUCAGAUUGAGAUUCUGACCAUUUCUCCAAUUUUUUUGGAUGAAGUUAUAGACUCUUCCUAAGCUUUCAUUCUUUACCACAUCUGAAUUGUUUUACACUGUAUUUGCUAUUUAACGAUCCAUACAGAACUCUACGGAAACAUAAAAUGGAUGGAGACUUAUUUCAUCCAGGAUUAUGUUCUUCAAAUCUAUGUCUAAGCCUGUUAAGUUUCCAUCAAUUUCUUAAAUUAUUUGAUUUACUUGGAUUACAUAAAGUUUACUGAACUAGAAAGAUUAUGGUGGGGGGGAAGGAAGUGUUUGCCUAUUGUAAAUUUAACAGCAUAAGUCUUCUUAGCACAAGCCACAUCACUACAACUGCCACUGUCAUUAAAGUGCCAUAACAAAGUGCCUCAGUCCAGCUUCAAAUAACACCCUUUACAGCAUUGCCAAUAUAGUGCCAAUUGUAGAAUUGUGUUUUUUAAAGUUUUUUUUAAUACAUUGAAGAGAGACCACUGUACACCAUUCAUUUUCACUUUUAGUGAUUUAGAGCAGAUUGACAUCCCCACAUUUUAGACAUAUUUCAAUGAUCCAUGCACAUGAUCCCAUAGUCAAGCUUACUCUAACUCUCUUAAAAUUAACCCCCACAAAACAAUGUCAGUGUGUCCAGAAAUAUACGUCAAUGUUAUCUGUAGUGUGUUUUUACUUUAUAAUAGAUGUAACUAGACAUGGUUGGAAGUCUGAACAAUGAGGGAAAUUCAAGGAUAGUGAGAAUCUUGGACAUUCUAUCCUUACUAUAGGAUCUCAAAUUCCAAAAGGUUUUGUGGAACAUCCAUUAGAGCAUAUGUCAAGAGGACCAAGAUGUAAUGCUGUCACCCGUCAUUCCUGUUCUUAUUGAACCAAUGCGUAAAAGUGCCAAUCUCUGCCAAAAGUUUGAGUGAAUAUUGUCUGUGGCAGAAUUCUUUCUUCUGUUGUUAAUUUCCUGAUGGGUUAAACAACAAGCUGCACUGAAUGAAUCUGGAAAUGCCACCGCCUGAACUCACCUGCCCUAAGACACAUGUGCAAUUGCUUGCUGGAAGAUAAAAAUACAAUUGGUAGGAGAGGGGUAAUCACAAACCACCAAGCACUGAUCAGAUAACUAUGUUUGCUAAACAGCCAGUUUAUUUAGCGAUACUCCCCUCAAUAUGAUGUGUGCUUUCAUAUUUUGGUUUCAAUUAUUAUAAUCCAAUCUAAAAGGUCCGAGGUUUCCAAAUGUCAAGAACAAGGAUUUCUAACAAAUAACAAAAAUACUAACUUAGCAGGUUUCCAGUCAAGUGGGUUGCUUUAAGAUACAUAUGAUAGGAUAUAUCAAUCAUUAUUUUUGAUACAGUAAAGGUUUAGAAACCAUCAUAAUUUUCCAGAGUUUAGUAGCCAUAGGCUUUUUUAUUAAGUAUUUAAAAAUGUUUUUUUUUUCAUUUAUUACACUCUAUUCCUGUUAACUCAAAGCCAAAUUUUGUUUGAAAAGGACGUGAGUUAUCCAGCAGCUCUAAUUAAGGUGUUUUAAUAAAGCAGCACAAUAGGCAUUUUCCCCACAAUUAAACGGAUAACUCAAAUUAAGAGUAGUUUGUACUCAAAUGUAUGUAUAAAUGUACAAGAAACUGAUAUUUUAAAAAAUAUAUUCUCCCAACAAUUAUUUUCUCUUACAUUUUUACCAUUUCUUUUAAACUCCUUUGAACUAACUGCCAACAAGAGAAUUUGUAGUCAUCAGCCACAGAUCUCUGCCACUAGUGUCCUGGAACUGCUUGGUGGAAGAUGUAUAGAUCAUUCCGAGGUCCAUUAUUUACUGAUGUUGUCCUGUGGAAAAUGUUCUCUCUGAUAGCCUGACUAAGACUGGAAACUUGGUGAGUGUGGGGAAAUUUGCAAAUUGAAACCCUUGUGUUACCAUUCUAUAGCUGAGCUCAGUGGUGCACCAGUACAGUCAAUGCAACUUCUAACAGUUAUAUACAUGUAGCAUUUUUGUCAGUAAGUAGUGGUAGAAAUUACUGCCGAAGUCUACUUCAGCAUAAUGGCAUUGUUCUUAGUUCUGCAUUCAUAUCACUUUUAAGUAAAAUAUAACAGAGCUUCAUUUUCACCAUUUUUUAAAAUAAAAACCAGGAUAAAUGGAAAUUAUUGUAAAUGAUGCCUUGCAAACUUCCAAAAUGGAGACCACUUUAUUUUUUUAUGUACUUUUCAUAAUGCAAAUUAAAAUAUGAAUGUUUUUACAGCUUUUCAAUAAAAAUCAUUAAAUUUG